AUGCAACGUCCAGUUCGUGGCUAUCGUGGUGGUAGUCGUAUUAGUGCUUAUUUAGCACAUACUCAUGGUAUUAACGAUAAUGGUGAUAAUGAUCAUGAACGAUCAUCUCUAUCAAAUUCAAAUUUAGGUGAAACAGAAGAUGAUAAUAAUGAUAUUGAUAUAACAAUAAAAUCUAAAAAUUCUUCUGUAUUAUCAUCAAUUGCAAUUAGUACUGAUUUUGAAUCAGUUAUUCGUAGUCUUCAGCCAUUAGCAAUACGUCAGAAAAAGCCAAAAAACAAUUCAAAUAUCAAUAGUCAAAAAGCUGAUUUACCCCAAUUAAAUAUGAUAAGUGAUACGACUAAUACUAUUAAUGAACAAACAAAAGAUCAACCAACACAUCAUUGGUUUCCAAAACCUGAUGUUGGUCAUGUUAAAUCAAAUGAUUUCAUUCGUCAUAAUCACAUUGGCGAAGAAGAAUUAAUUGAACAAUUUCAAUAUGAAUUACAAUUAUCUGUUGGUGAUGAAUUAAAAGCUUUACUUAGUUCAUUUAGUGGUAAAGAUGAUUCAUUUUAUGUAUUAGUUAUUAAUGAAAAUACAGCUGCUAUUGAUCGAGCUAUGAGUGAAUUACAAGAAGAUCAUAUACCAAAUCGAGAAUAUCUUCAAGUACCUCAAAUUAAAACUCUAGUUGUUGCACGAUAUGCUGAUGAUAAAAAAUAUUAUCGUGCGUGGGUGACAUCAGUUGAUAUAGAACAUGAACAAGCCAUAGUUUUUUUUGUUGAUUUUGGUAAUGAAAGUACUGUAUUAUUUUCGGAUAUAUACACAUGUCCAGAAUCUGUUCGUUUACUUCCAUGGCUCGGUAUACGUGUUCGUCUUACAAAUGAAACAAUGACAGCUGAAGAAUUAACAACAUUUUGGAAAUUAACUGAAUCACAUUAUGUAUGGAUACGUAUUAAUGAAAUAUUCAAAGAUUCAUAUGGUAUACAAAUUAAAAUUGAUUAUACAGUAUAUCUUCAACAAGAACGUCUUAAAAUGGUAACAUCCAAACGAUUUAUUAAUAAGGCUAUACAGACGAAAACAGAUGAAAAAUUUAUAUAUCCAAGAAAUAGUUCAGAAAAAAAUUUAUGUUUAUCAACACCAUCAAAAAUUGAUCAAAUACAAAUAGGAAAUGAAAAUUUUCUUCGUAAUUUAUUUGAAAUGAUUAAUAAUGAAUUACGUUCAGUUCGACAUCGUAUUAAUGGUAGUGAUGAAGCAUCACAAGAUCGACAUGAUCAACUUAUGCAAUUAUUAUUUUCGAUAGUCAAUUCAAAUAAUAGUAAUAAUCAAAAAAAGAUUUGUUAA